UGCACACCCCUGGCAUCGCAAUCUUGGACAAGACCUUGCCUUGCACGCUGCCAUCGGUCCACGCCGGGCAUUUUGCAUCGCCAACCGAGCGCACGCUCAUGCACGCCGGCAGGGCCUGCAAAAUCACGAGCAACGCAACGACCCGAAGACGGACGCCGCAGCGCUGUUGCCACGAAGUCGUCGCGCGACGGGCCUCAAACAGGCGGGUCGCCGCGGCCGUGACAGGCUGCCCGGACCUAAAUUCGGAACGGCCAUGCGCCCACGCUCUCACCUCACCAUCGUCUGAACAUUCUGCGACGACGACAUGGUUGGCCCCGCGGGCGUGUUCUGGGAGAGCCCGAAACGUUGCCCGACCGCCCUGUAUCUGCGCCUGCGUGUUCCGUCUGGGUCGUCGCCGUUGGCCCGCGCUCGUCUGGACGUCGGGAGCGGGCCAAUGACUCGGCCACGAAUGCCGUCCUCGCCUCUUCCAUCGCCAGGCCAGGUCGAUACAGUUAGUUACCUGGCUGAGCCCUGGCGGCGCAAUGCCCGUCAUCCGCAUCGCCUUGUGGAUCCGCAGGCGACCGGGCCCCCGGCUGGGAAAUUGGCCCUCCAUCGCCUCUGAGCGCUAGCGUCCCAGGGCUGGGCUGUGGCCCUGCGGCAGUCUGCCAGUCCUUGCACGCCCGUCGACGUGACGCCGGGCCUCACCACCCGAGCCCAUCACAUCAUGCGUGCUACCUACUACCUGCGCGCGGCGUUCGGCCACGAUGGAAGGACUGACAUGGAUGGUACUUGCUUUGUACCUGGCCGGUAGGCAAGGCGGAUGCCAAGUGGAUGUCCAUCGGGUCGAUGGCUCGAUCCAGAGCACCCACAGACGAGGAGCUGCCAGACAAUUGCCCUUGGGUCCCCUCCUCCCCCGGGUGGUUCGUCUGGUUUCGUUCGUCUCUUUCUACUACUACUACUACUACUACUACGUCGUUGCAGUAAUUAUGCUUCUCCCAUCCGUGUUCGACGUUUUGUCGUCUGCUAUUUUCUAGCUCUCUCGUUGAUGUGCCGCUUGUUUUCUCCAUCGUCAAAGAGCGACACUUAUCUUCCCUUGCCUCGAUCCGGGGACGCCCGCUGUCUGGCUAUUCCCACCGCCUGCGUCUCUGGCCCCGCGACUAGGCCGAGGCCGCCGUCUUUGGGCAGAGUACGCUGUCUCAAGCUGGACACGCGAUCCCGCCUUUCUAAGACGCUGCUUGCUGUAAUUGCCUCGACGGCAUUGCUUCUUCUCUGGCGUUACCGACACCCGCUCGUCCGUCUCCUAUUACACGACAGCUAGGCUCACAGGUUUCCUUCCCUCCCCCGGCUCUGACAGGCGACCUUCGAACAUGCUGCACGGCUUUGUAGCCGUGGUGAAGCAGCUCUCCCGACUCUGACCUCUUGACACCGCCGACCAACUGCUCAUCACCAAGGACAAUGUUCACCAAGGCCGUACGCGUGUGGGCGAUCCUGUGCCUGGUAUUGGCCCUGCAGCUGGCUGCCGCCCAGAGCUUUCGGGUGGUGGUGAGGAGGCAAGAUGGCGACAGGACAGUAUUGCCUAGUAUUACCGGUGAUGUGUCGGCUCCCCCUUCGAUCACCGGCAUGGGCGCUUCGACGACGGGGACCGAUGAUGUACGCACGGCGUCAAUAACAUCCCCUCCGAGCGGCACGGACAUGGCCAGCGCUCAUCCGACUUCCUCCACCAUUAGCACAGACGGACCUUUGAAUAAUUCCACCUUUCUGAACGCUACGAUCCCCGUCGGCCAGCUACCGUUGCCUCCCCAGAUAACACCGGGAUGGGGCGUAGCUGGAGUCAUCAUGCUUAUUACUGGCGUAACAUACACACUGGUUGGCAUCAAGAAUCGUUGGAUCCACACCUUCUUCUCUACAGCUUAUAUUACGGCGCUCGGCGUGGCGGUAUUAAUUAUCUAUGUCAUGAAUAUCCCCGUGAGCAACGCCAUUCAGGGUGGGUAUGUCGUGGCUGUUGUCAUGUCGGGCUGCGCCGUUGGUGCCGCCUCCAUGUUCUUCAAAGAGCUGACGGAAGGGCUGGGAUGCGCGCUGGGAGGUUUCUGUGUCAGCAUGUGGCUGCUGUGCUUGGUGCCGGGGGGGCUGCUACAAUCUGUGCCCUCCAAGGCCAUCUUCAUUGCUGUUUUCACGCUGGUUGGCUUCGGCUUCUAUUUCAGCCGCUGGACCCGAGACUGGGCGCUCAUCGGCAUGAUCUCGUUUGCCGGCGCCACUGUCACAGUGCUUGGCAUUGACUGCUACAGUCGUGCAGGGCUCAAGGAGUUUUGGGUCUACAUCUGGCAGAUCAACGGGAACCUAUUUCCUCUUGGCGCCGACACGUAUCCCGUCACCAAGGGCAUCCGGGUAGAGACUGCCGCCAUCGUCAUCAUUGCUCUGGUCGGCAUCAUCUCUCAGAUCAAAUUAUGGAUCAUUGUCCGGGAGAAGCGGGAGAAGAGAGCUGCGGAGCGAGCGGAGGACCAGAGAAACCUCGAAGUCGAAGAAGAAAAUGUCGGCAGGCAGGUGGAGGAGACCAAUGCCCGUGAGCGUCGCCGCUGGGAGCGAGUCCAUGGAGAGGGCACCAUCGGCAGCGGAGAUUCCCGCAUGUCGGAUUACGGAGACUACGGGAGCGAGAAGAGGCUCAGAGGCAGCCACGCUGGCUCGUACAAACCUCGAUCGUCGGCCGAGGUGUACGAGAUGGCUGACAUCUCCGAAUCGGAACAGUCGCGCAGCGGACCCAACGCGUUGAUGGAGGCAGAAGAAGCCCAGGAUGGCAAGAUCACAGUACGAGUGGCCGCCGAGGAUGUACCCGAGUCACAGACGGACGUCGGCGACGAAGUGGAUGAGAAGGCUGCGAGAAUGGGCGAGAGCGCCGCAAUGUCGGGCAUCGGCGCGAAACGACUCUCUCAGAGAACCGCUACGAGCAAGCGAAUGUCGCAAGCGCAGACAGUCACCGAGGCCCCAGAAGUCGUCCCGCUCCCGUUCACUGUCCCAGAAGAUAACGAUGUCGAAUCUGUUUGCGACAGGUCCUCCGUCGCCACCUUUGCAGACGAAGUGGAGGAUGGGACGACGACGCGACGGCAAAACGCCCGUCCCUCACAGGGAUCGGCCGCGUUGUUGAGGAGCCCAUCUGCAGGAGCAAAGCGCGGCCAGAGCGGUGCGAAUCCAGAACCCGGUGAGAGCUCCCAACAACUGAUUCAGGAGCCGAACCCCGAUGAUGGAGACGAUGAGUCCUUGGCUGCCACUGUCGACAAUGAUAGCGUCAGUGGUGCCGAUCGAGAUUCGAUAUACUCUGAGCACACGCACAGGAGCCGCGAGAUUCAUGCCAACCUGUCACAUGAGGACGCUGAAGCGGCCGCAUCCUGCGACGCCAAACAAAAAGCACCCGAGGAAUCAACGACGGCGGGUCAAUCUCAUCAAGUGGGAGGGGGGUCAGAAGAGCAACCAGAGAAUGUGGAGGCCGCAGAAGAGCAUACAGACGCAGCGAAUGCACCCAAAAAUGCCACAGAUGACUCUUCUACACCUCCUGGCCCUCCACAGGAAAAUGCAGGAGAUUCGGCGGCGCAGAGCCAGGCAGCGUCUGCGGUCGAUCCUGUGCCAGACCCUUCGGAGAAGCCAAAGUCCGCCGCCAAAUCCGUCGCCACGUCCGUUGCAUCGACACCCGCGAGUUUGACCCAAGAUCGUCUUCCACGGCCGCUGUCGCGCGUGGCCAUGUCUUAUCGGACGAACGAAUGGGUCAAGCACCUGAGCUACGCAGACACGCCCGAUUUGGAUGACUUACACGUCAGCGAUGCUGGCCGUCCGGCUAAAUCUGUUGCCAAGGAGCGUUCCGUGCCCGUCGACGUGGAAGAGCUUCAGAGAACGGCGACAGAGGGGAUAGCUCCUUCUGCGAUGAAACAGUCUGAACCCCAACCUUUGACCACGCCCCGCGCUCCUAAUGUUUCGAGGCGAACGUCGAAGCAGGAACACCCCACGGGCGCUCAAAUUGGCCACCGUCCUCAAGAGAGCGAGAUGAUCCGAAAUGCAACAUCCCCACCUCCACUGGCGACACUAUCGCCAACCCCUCCGGCAGGUAUCGGCCCGUCUCGAUCGACAUCGUCGAUGGCUUUGCGAAAAGUGUCUCCAGGAUUCGAUCCUAUAGUGGAGGAGCGGCAGAUCGAGCCGCCCAUCGCAGAGUCCGGUCACGAGGAAGCGUCAAGGUCGAGCACUGUAUCGCGAAGUCCGUCUCUUGCCGGCACCGAAGCACCACAGCGUGCUGCAGUACUCGGCGUCGUGUCCUACGCGAGCCCUCAGACGCUGAUCGGGCAGCGCGAGAUGUUUCUGCGGAGUAAAUCGCAGGCAAGUCUCCUCGCACAGUCGCCCGAGCCGACGUUUGCGGUACAUGGUCCUGGUCCUGGCAGCGAUGCUGGAUCGAUGUAUAACUAUCCUGUUCCGGCUUCACAGCUUAACGUCGCCGACCCUGACGAUCUCCCUUUGAGUCAACGGAGGCAGAUAAUGCGGCAGAGCAGCCUCAUGUCCUUAUCCCAGCCGAACAACUCGGUUCACCGCCUGUCCCAUGUCGGUCAUGAGAGUGCGGAAAGUCUGCCUUUCAACUCUCAUCAGCCCAAAAGGUCGUCGACGUUGCUCAAUCGGUCCGCACGCGACUCGCAGCUCGCCAGUUUCCGCCAGUCGGUGCAGCAGGACCUCCGCUCUGGGACGCCAAUCAUGGCUACAUCCGGACGAGAGUCCCCCUUUACCGCGUCCUCGCUCCUAGGCAAUCGCGAGGCCGAAGUGCAGCGCAACAUUGAGAUGCAACGCAACGUGCUGAUGGGCCAGAAGGAGGCCGAAUCUCAGCGGAGAGAGAUGCAGCGACGCGAAAAGGAGUACCUCGAUCGCGCUUUUGACGAGCGCAUGAGGAGUGGGGACUUGCUCGAGGUGCACCGCGAAGCGAUGCGAAAGAUGCAAAAGGGGGCCCGAUAAUAAAUGAGGGGGAAGUCAGGGGGCCUCCUACUACCAACGAAAUCGAGUCACGACAAAAGACGACGACGACACACAUGCCUUUAUCGACUUACAUACGUUUCAUUCCGCUCUUUUUGUUCAUGCAUUGCCGGUUGUUGCUUGUGCACGACAUGCUGUUGAUACCAAAGGCUAUUUUUUGGCGCUAGGACUUGAAACCCAGGCGCACAUUGAAAAUAUAGGGGAGCACAUCUGAACGACAUAAUGGGGGUUUGGAGGGGGGUGGGGGUAGUAGAUAGGAUCCAUUUGACAACAUUUUCAAGAAC